AUGGAAAAUAAUGAUUUAACGUAUUGGAAAAAUUAUCAAACAGCUAUGCAAUGGAUCAAAGGAGAUGUAUCAACAAUUAUGAGAGAAGAAGUAGAAGAAGAAACUGUAGUAACUAAUGAAGAAGAUAAAGAACUUGAAUUUACUAUAGAUGAUGAUUUAUUAGAUUUCUAUCGUCUUUCAAAAGAACAUAAAGCGAGUCGAAAAAAUCAAAAAACUCAGGAAGAGAAUGAAGCUGAACAAAUUGAAUUAAUACCUGGUGAACAAAUGCGUCCUAAUUUUCAAUCUAUAAGUAAAUUACCACCUAUUAAUCGUUCAAAAUUACGUCAGUUAGAAUUGGAAUGGCUUUAUGGUUCAUCAAAUUCAUCCAAAAUUCAUGCACGUGAAACUCAACUUCAAAUGGAAUUUGAUCAUAUAUUCGAUAAAAAACAACCGUCAUAUUUUCCAAGUUUACCUAAUCGACUUCAAUUAAAUCCUCAUAAACAUGGACAACGUUCUUGUUUACCAACUAUUUCUAUAUUAGAUAUAACUUCAUAA